UUGUUUUUUUCUUUCUAAACCCCCAAAAAUGACUGUUCAAUAAACAUCCACUCUACCAUCGUUAGAACCUCUCUUAUCUCUUCCAUUUUUAUGUUGAUAGACUGCACGAAACUUCUUCUUCUUCCUCUUCGAUUGACAGACUGAGCUCUUUCUUCCUUCAUGGCAAUGGCCACUUGUAAUCCCACAGUUCACUCCUCCUUUACCAUGGCCCACACUUCAUCCGUACACCCACAAGACCCUUCUUCCCUCCUCUCUUUCAGACCAAUUGCUGCCUCUUCCACCGCCAAUAUCUUCUCUUUAUGCCACCCCUUAAUUCUGCAACGCAGGGGAGGGAGGUCAACCAAUUGGGUCGACCUUAAAUUUGGGAGAGAAUGUAGGGAUCAUUUGGUUGUGGCUGCUUUAGCUGCCGAAAUUGAGGUGGCUGAGGUUGUGGAAGAGAAUGAAGAAGAGGGAAAUGGUGGAACAGCUACUUCAGCUCUGCCCAAGAUUAAGAAGGGAAAGGCUGCAUUACCUCUCAAAAGGGACAGAACCCGGUCAAAGAGGUUCCUGGAAAUUCAAAAAUUGAGGGAAACCAAAAUGGAGUAUGACCUGAAAACAGCAAUAUCAUUGUUGAAACAAACGUCCAGCACAAAAUUUGCGGAAACUGCUGAAGCCCACUUUCGGUUAAACAUUGAUCCCAAAUAUAAUGAUCAACAGCUGAGAGCAACUGUAAAUUUGCCCAAGGGAACUGGACAGACAGUAAAGGUAGCUGUUCUUACUCAAGGUGAAAAAUUCGAUGAAGCAAAAAAUGCAGGAGCAGAUUUGGUUGGAGGUGAGGAUUUGAUAGAACAGAUCAAAGGAGGUUUCAUGGAAUUUGAUAAGUUGAUUGCUUCACCAGAUAUGAUGCCCAAGGUUGCAAGUCUAGGGAAACUUCUAGGACCUCGAGGACUGAUGCCGAAUCCAAAAGCUGGCACAGUUACAACAAAUAUACCUCAGGCUAUAGCAGAGUUCAAGCAGGGAAAGGUUGAAUACAGAGCAGAUAAAACGGGGAUUGUUCACUUACCUUUCGGAAAGGCAGACUUUUCCGAAGACGACCUCCUUGUGAACUUGCUUUCUGCAAUAAAAUCAGUAGAAGCAAACAAGCCAACAGGUGCUAAAGGAGUAUACUGGAAGAGUGCGCAUAUAUGCUCAUCAAUGGGACCUUCAAUUCGAUUAAACAUAAGGGAAAUGCUUGAUUACAAGAUUCCAUCAUCAAAUGCUUGAAGAAUUUAACUCUACACUUGUAAAUGCCUUCUUCAAUUUGUUUAAUUGCAACCCUCGUGAAUGCACCUUUUGAGUUGUCUUCAGCGGCCAAAGAUUUGGUUUAGUAUUAAAGUUGCUAUGUGUCUGAAGAAAGAAUAGAGCUUCAUUAUGUUGUAUUGAAGAGUAGUUGAAACUUGAAAACUGCAAAUUCAUUUGUAAUUGAAACUGAUUCAAAGUA